AUGUCGGAGCAACCUGAGACAAUAGAGGACAAAGUGACAGAUUGGACAACUGAUCCGCCGUCUAGUAACGAUGAAAUUGAACUUUCCAACACUCCAGCAGAUCGAGACAGCAAUGGAAAGGAAGAAGACCAGGAACAUGAAAAAGAAAUAGAAAAUACCAAGCCCACCAUCAGUGUUCGACAAAUGCGAAAGCUGAAGAAUCCUCAACGAAAGCGUCAUGGAGCCCGAAAUCAGCACAAGAACAAGAUCUUUGUCAAGUGGUUGAUCGACAGAUUUCAUUUGAAGACAGUGGUUAGCGAUGAAGAUCCCAUUUCGUCUAGUCCCGUUGUCUUGGACGUUGCUGGAGGCAAGGGAGAGGUUGCCGCACGUUUGACCAUGUGUCACUUGCAAAAGGUGGUCAUGGUGGAUCCUCGACUGGCCGAUGUUCCCCACUGCUUCGAUACCCUGGUCUAUCCCAAGAUCCCCAACAAGUGGCAAAAGAGAUUGGACGAUCAACGCAAGGAGAAUCCUAAUGUUGUCCAAGACAAGCUAGCCAAUCGAUUUCAACAGUUGGUAACCACCUUUGACGAAUACACGAUAACUUCCAAUCCAGAAUUGCAAAGUGCGAUACAAAAUGCUACAUUAAUUCUAGGAUUACAUGCGGACGGGGCAACUGAAGCCAUUGUGGAUGCGGCCUUGCAAUACAGUAAGCCAUUCUGCGUGGUCCCGUGUUGCGUCUUUCCCAAUCUAUUUCGAUCGCGCCAGGUGGAAAACGAGGCUGGAGAAAUGGUUCCAGUGCGAUCCCAUGGGCAAUUUUGCAAAUAUCUAGCCGACAAGGAUCAGCGCUUUCAAACCGAGAUCCUUCCAUUUGACGGAAGGAAUGUUGCCAUUUGGUGGGAUGGAAAGUGA